AGCAAUGUUUUAUUUAUUGACGAACAUGGCAAGUAGGGUAGGGUACGGUAUCCGAAAUCCGAAUCCGAUUCCGAUCAAGAAAUUGUUGACAUUUCCAUGGUUGACAUUUGACAACAUUGAAAAUGUUGGAAAUUGAAAUGCCAGGGGACCCCGGAGUUCAGACAUCACAGAACGCCUAAGACGCAUGAUCAAAAAGGCCCUACACAACCCGCGAACUGACACCAGCGACCGAAUAUCGAUUAUAAAAUAGGACAAAAGUUCUCUAACGUUAAACAUGAACUUAAUGUUUUUUCUUUGAGUUUGGUUACUGAAAAAGAGCAUAAUGUUCGCUGAGGCUGUGUUGUGUUUAUCUACUUUACAUUUAUAUAGUGUUGCGGCCCAAGGAGAAUGUACUGACUUGCGAGGCAGAGUAAUAUCUCAUGGGUUGCAUUACGUUCCGGGACCAGACACUUGCACACUUUGUAUUUGCGAUAAUGGAUUGCCGAAAUUCUGCAAAGCCGUGUUAUGCUCCCCACCUCAGGACUGCCGUUCCUUCCGCGUGGGCAACACCUGUUGCGAGUUUAUAUGCUUGGACGAUGUGGUGAAGCCCGCGGAGACGGCGGAGGCUAAUUUCCGCGUGGCGGCUGGCGGUGCGGCAGCGGUGGUGCUGCUGACGGUCGCGCUGGUGGUGUACCGGGUGCGGCGCCAGAAGCGACGGCGACCGCCGCACGCUGACGACCAGAGAAGCUUGACUAGCAUUGGGUACAUAAGCGGCAGUAUGGGCUACAUGGGCAGCACUUGUGAGACAGCGGUGGGGGCGUGGAAGCCCCAAAGUAACUACUUACCGCGGGGCGAAGCGCCGCCACCAUACGACGAGGCCGUUGCGCAGUGCCGACAGGAUCCUAUGAGAGGUAACGAGCCCACGUACCACCGCACGUACCCCGCCACGGUGGAUAACUUGACGCGUCCUGACGAUACCAUGCAAUGCACCGGACAUGGAUACGCCAACAUACCACGCCCUGUGCAACAGGUACUGUGA